GAGCUCAAGUAUAACGGUCUGAGGAGGCAUUUGAAGAGAGAUCACUUUAAAUCAGUGCUGACUUCAUCGACCACUGAUCACUCAUUUUUGUUUGCACAUUUGGGGCAACUUCCAACCAAGUUCUCGGAUUUCUUUAUUCUCUGUCCUGUCUGCUGUUUUGUGGAUAUGGCCAGCGCGGGAAUGCAACUCCUCGGUUUCCUCCUCUCUCUAGUCGGUAUCGCUGCCACUGUUGCCGCCACUUUCAUGGUUGAAUGGAAGAAGCAGGCGCAGGGCAAGACGCACCGCAUCUAUGAGGGAUUAUGGAUGAGCUGCAGCGGCAACGAGAGAACGACCUGUGAAUUUCACGAGUCUCUGCUAAAACUGCCAACUGAAGUCCAAGCUACCAGGGCAGUGAUGUUGCUCAGCCUCUUUCUCUCCACUGUGGCUCUGAUGGUCUCCACUGUGGGAAUGAAGUGCACCCACUUCAUGGAUGCCAAGGCUGAGAGCAAAUCCACAGUAGCUAUGUUUGGAGGAAUCAUGUUCGUGGUUUCAGGUUUACUGACUCUUAUCAUCACCUCCUGGUAUGUCACGAUGAUUGUUAAGACCUUCCACACAUCCCAUCACUUGCAAAGCUUUGAGUUUGGUAGGGCAGUGUUUGUCAGCUGGGCCGGUGGCCUCCUCACCAUGGCUGGUGGCAUUUUCCUGAGCUGCCGGAGAUGCUCACGGUCCGAGGCGUCCGAGUCCAUAAGCUCCAACCACCUCCUUCCCAACACCAACACUAAGUCCAACUACGUCUAGUUGGGAGGGUACAGGAGGGGCCAGGAGAAGGGUUGACUCAGUCUGUCCAGAGGUUGACUUCUAGGAGGAGGAACCAUGCCACUGCGGGAUUGUUAUAAAUAUACCACCUACAUCCAGCCAGCAAUAAGGAUCAGGAUCAGAGUUACACACAGUAUCAGGCUGUGUGAAAUGACUUUGAAUCUAAUCUAUCAUGUGGUUGCAAACAACCACAGCUGUAGUUUCUCCUGUUGUCAGGUGUUAAUAUGUGAAGGAUUCAGUGUUUAAAUUACUUUCCAGUAAUAAAAAUUAAUUUCCGUGUUUUUUUUUUAAAUCAACAUGUUCAGUUUAAACAGAAUGGACUGUGUCAGCCUGCUUGUACAUGUAUGAAAUCAUGAAGUUUCUCUUCACAACUAAAAAUGAAGAAUACCUGUUUGAAUAGUUUUACAGUGUAGCCAUGAUGUUUUUACACUGUCUAACAAGAUUUUUGUACUUUUAUGGUGUAGUUUAAUAUUCAAGUUGUUCCCUUUACCUCUUCAGUUCCACACUGUUGUCAAUAUUUGUUUGUGUACAUGGUUUGUUAUAUGACUGACGUUUUAUAUUUUUAGUCCACAGGUUGUUUAUAUUUAGUUUAUGUAAUACAUUCUAUGGCUAUUUGAAAGAUAGAAGUAUGUACAUUUUGAAAAGAAAAAUAAAAUUAUUUUGUUUUCUUUAA